AUGUUACUGAGACAACCAUCAUUUGAUUUCUUGAAUCAUCAUCAUUCUUUAACGUUCCAUUUAGCAUGGGCAACUAUUGUAGCCAGUAUAGGGACAUUCCAAUUUGGGUAUCAUUUAAGUGAAUUGAAUGCAGCAUCAUCGAUAAUUUCAUGUAAAUUUCAUCGUCCUGGCCCUCAUAAAAGUUAUGAUCAAACUAUCUGGUACCAAUUUGGAUUGGAACAAUGUAUACCGAUGACUGAACAACAAUCAACUAUGAUGACGACGAUGUUUACUUUUGGAGGAUUGAUAAGUUCAAUCAUAAUAUCUUCAUCAUUCUUUCAUUGUUUGGGAAGAAAAACAACCUGUAUUAUGAGUUCCUUGUUUUUCAUGUUAGGUUCAUUUUUCAUGAUGAUCUCUAAUAAUACAAGUUUUAUGAAUGCAGGAAGAUUAUUAUGUGGUUUAGGAGCUGGGAUUUCUGUGGUUAUUUCACCAAUUUUAAUCAAUGAAUUGACACCCAUUAAUCAUAGAGGCUUCUUGGGUUCAUUCUUGCAAGUUUCUUUAUCAGUUGGUAUUUUCACUUCACAGUUGAUUUCAAUUCCUAAUGCUAAUGAUCAGAAUUGGAGAUAUAUCUUCCUUACAUCAUUCUUGAUCUCAUUAGUACAAUUUGUUUUAUUGUUCACUAUCGUUGAGAGUCCUAAAUGGUUAGUGAUCAAUAAGAACGAUACCAAUAAUGCCACAGAUAUCUUGACAUCUUUGAGAUCAAACGUUCAAACGGUUCCUCAUGAAAUCAAUCAUUGGAGAAGAUUAUCAAUCACCAAAUCAGAAGUAUCAGAAUCAACUCCAUUGAUCGAAGAUUUAUCGGUUGAUUUCCAUUCUUUGCAACCAGUAAAAUCUCGUAGAGGUUCUAUUGAUCCUUCAAACUUGACAUUAUACGAAUUUGUUACAGAAAGAAAGUACAGAAAGGAAUUAUUAGCAGUGAUUUUGAUUAUGAGUGGUAAUCAAUUAUGUGGUAUGAAUUCAAUCACUUUUUAUGGAGUUUCGUUCUUAAGUAAUAUUGUCCCUGACACUACCAAUAUUUUAUAUUUGACAUCAUUACUAGGAUUAUUCAAUGUUCUUGGUGCAGGAUUAGCUACUCCAUUAUUUGACAGAUUGGGUAGAAAGAAACUUUUAUUAUUAUCAUGUUUGAUCAUGUCAAUAACAUCAUUUGGUAUAUCCAUGGGACUUGUAACUAAUUUUGAAAUUUUGGUUGCAGUUUCUUGUUUAUUAUUCAUUCUUGGUUAUUGUAUUGGACUUGGACCAAUAGUUUAUUUAAUGGUACCUGAAUUCACUAAUCACAAUGUUGUUGCCAUUGCUCAAUCUUUUGGUACCACAUUAAAUUGGAUUUCAAAUAUGUGCAUUGCUUAUUGGUUUCCUGUUAUACACGAUACUUUAGGUGGAUAUGUGUUUUUCGUAUUCACUUUUAUAAAUUUAGCAUACUUAUUCUUAAUUAUACUUUUUGUACCUGAAACCAAACUUAAAACUUACGAUGAAGUUUGGAAUCAUUUCACAUAUAUUUAA